GGCGGAAGACGCCGCCCGCCGCCUCCCGUGCUGCUCCGUUGGAAGGCAUCCAGAGCCGACACCAUGCCGCGGCGUAUGUCCCAGCCUGCACGCGUCACACCGCCCACUAACCCUCUUCUUGACUCUACGUUUGGUGACAGAGAUCCAUCUCCGCGACGAACUAUAAAAGCCGCUAUCCUGUGUUGAUAUCCCUUUAGAGUGGAAUUUAAUAGCAAAGAUGCCGCCUGGAGUCAAAACGUUAUGGUAUAGUACACCUCGGGAGAGCGUAACGGAGGAGAGGAAAGAAGAAGUACAAAUAACGGCCUACAGGAGACUGUCUGGAGAAGGCAAACCUUGGGAGAAGAUGUCUGGUCCACUUGACGUGAAAUUCACGGAACCGUCAAAGCCGCCAGCUGAGGAAUCGCCACCUCCUGUGCCUUUCUUCAAACUGUUCCGCUUCUCGACGGUGUGGGAGCGCCUGCUGCUGGUGCUGGGCCUGGUGGCGGCGCUAGGCACGGGCGUGAGCCAGCCCCUCUCGAUGCUGCUGUUCGGCGACCUGACGGGCGUCAUGGUGGACUACGGCACGGCGGUGAUCAACGCGUCGCUGUACGGUCAGCCGGUUCCGGAGGCGGCCAGGACGGCCUUCAUGGACGGCGUGCGCAGCUUCUCAGUCUACAACGCCAUCCUGGGCGCCGCCGCCUUCGUCCUCACUUACGUCUGCAUCUUCACCUUCAAUUACGUCGCGCACAGGCAGAUCUACCGCAUCCGCGACAGAUACCUCAAGUCCGCUCUUCGGCAGGACAUUGGCUGGUACGACUUGAACCAGACUGGGGACUUCGCCAGCCGCAUGUCAGAAGACUUGACGAAGAUGGAAGACGGCAUCGGAGAGAAGGUGGUGAUGUUCGCGACGUACCUGGUGACGUUCCUGGGCGGCCUGGUGCUGGCGCUGGUGCGCGGCUGGGAGCUGGCGCUCAUCUGCCUCAUCUCGUUCCCCAUCAUCAUGGCGUCGCUCUCCGUCAUCGAGGUCUUCUCGUCGCGGCUCUCCAAGAAGGAGCUGGCCGAGUACGGCAAGGCGGGCGCGAUCGCGGAGGAGGUGCUCAGCGCCAUCCGCACCGUCAUCGCCUUCGGUGGGCAGGACAAGGAGUCCGAGAGAUACAACACGAAGUUGCUUGGAGCAAUAAAAAUGAGCGUUAAGAAGAACGUCAUCAUGGGUCUCGGAAACUCGGUGCUUUGGCUCUGCACCUUUGGCAGCUAUGGUCUGGCCUUCUGGUACGGCGUGAACCUCAUACUAAGGGACAGGGAGUAUCCCGAAAAUGAGAGAAUAUACGACGCCUCAACAAUGAUCACCGUGUUCUACUCAGUCAUGAUGGGCUCCUGGAUGUUCGGUAUGUCGUCGCCCUUCAUUGAGGCCUUCUCGAUGGCUAGGGGAGCCGCUGCCAAAGUCUUCGCCGUCAUUGACCGCAAGUCGCCCAUCGACAGCUUGUCUGAAGAGGGCGAGCGCCCGUCUGACGUCAACGGCGAUGUGAGCUUCCAAGACGUCCACUUCGAGUACCCUUCACGGAAGGGCGUCAGGAUCCUGCAAGGCCUGAACCUCAAGAUCAAAGCCGGAGAGACGGUGGCGCUAGUGGGCAGCUCCGGCUGUGGCAAGUCCACGUGUAUCCAGCUGAUACAGCGCUUCUAUGACCCUCUGCAAGGAAAAGUGCAGCUGGACGGGCGCGACCUGAAGACGCUGAACGUGGGCUGGCUGCGCUCGCAGAUCGGCGUGGUGGGCCAGGAGCCGGUGCUCUUCCAGACCACCAUAGCGGAGAACAUCCGCUACGGGUGGGACACCUGCACCAUGGAGGACAUCGAGGCGGCUGCCAAGAUGGCCAACGCUCACGAUUUCAUCUCCAAGUUGCCGCAGGGCUACGACACGAUGGUGGGUGAGCGCGGAGCUCAGUUGUCCGGAGGCCAGAAGCAGCGCAUCGCCAUCGCCAGGGCGCUGGUGCGCCGCCCCAAGAUCCUGCUGCUGGACGAGGCCACCUCUGCCCUGGACACCGGCAGCGAGGCCAAGGUGCAGGCCGCGCUGGACAAGGCCAGCUUGGGUCGCACAACCAUCAUCGUGGCUCAUCGGCUGUCGACGGUGCGGAACGCAGACAGGAUCGUAGUGCUGGCGGGAGGCAACGUGGUCGAGCAGGGCAACCACGACCAGCUGAUGACGCUGCAGGGACACUACCACACGCUCGUCACGGCUCAGCUGUCCGCAGACCUCAUGGGCCCAGAGCAGAAGGAGGGCGGCCCGCCGGCCCUGGAGCGGCUGCUGAGCGUGCGCAGCGACCAGUCCUCCGUGUCGGGCGGCCAGGAGGCGGACGUCGGCGCCGUGGCGGAAGCCGGCGCGGAGGAGGAGCCGGUGCCCGAGGUGGGGCUGCUGGCCGUGCUGCGCCUCAACGCCCCCGAGUGGCCGCUCGUCGCCCUCGGCACGCUGGGCGCGCUCGUCGUCGGCUUCGCCUUCCCCGCUUUCGCUAUCGUCUUCGGAGAUGUCAUCGGGGUUCUUUCGCUCCCAGAUCCGGAUGAAGUCCGCAGUCAGACCAACUGGUACAGCAUACUAUUCGUUGUCAUCGGCGUCGUUCUUGCCAUCGCCUCUUUCUUACAGAUAUACAUGUACGGUAUCGCCGGGGAGAGGCUGACAUCACGCUUGCGGAAGAUGGCGUUUGCGGCGAUGCUGCGGCAGGAGGUGGCCUGGUUCGACGACAAGAACAACAGCACUGGAGCGCUCUGUGCCCGGCUCUCCGGCGACGCCGCCAGCGUCCAGGGGGCGACCGGACAGCGCAUCGGCUCCGUGGUGCAGGCCCUCGGCACGCUCGUCGUGUCGGUGACGCUGGGCCUCGUCUACGAGUGGAGGUUGGGGCUGGUGGCCAUCGCUUUCAUGCCCAUCAUGCUGCUGGCUCAGUACUUCGACGAUCGUCUCGUGCGUGGCGAGGCCAGCAGCAAGCAGAAAGCUAUGGAGAAGGCUACCAAGUUGGCGGUGGAGGCUGUGAGCAACAUCCGUACGGUGGCCGGCCUGGGUCGCGAGUGGCUGUUCCACGGCAAGUACCUGGCGGAGCUGCAGCCCGCGCUGCGACGGGCCAAGAGGAACACGCACGUGCGAGCCGCAGUCUUUAGCCUGGCGCGCAGCAUCGGCACCUUCACCUACGCCGCCUGCAUGUAUUACGGAGGGGUUCUCAUCCUCUCAGACGGACUACCCUACGAGGAUGUCUUCAAAGUUGUGGAAUCAUUAAUCCUUGGUUCUAUGAUGAUCGCCGGUGCGCUGUCAUUCGCACCGAACUUCAGGAAAGGACUCACUGGUGCAUCUAAAAUCGUGUACUUGGUGAACCGGCAACCGAAGAUCGCAGAUCCGGACGGAGCGUCAGACGAUGGAUGGGCAGCUACAGGCCACGUAUCGUACUCGGACAUCAAAUUCUGCUACCCGACGCGACCAGGGACGUUGGUGCUGAAGGGGCUGGACCUCGUUGUGAGGCCCGGCCAGACGGUGGCGCUGGUGGGGCCCUCUGGCUGCGGCAAAUCCACCUGCAUUCAGCUGCUGGAGAGGUUCUACGAUCCCGCCUCCGGGACAGUGGACCUUGACGGACGGGACGUAUCCAAAGUUACGAUGUCGGCUCUGAGGUCUCAGUUGGGUCUCGUACAGCAAGAACCCGUUCUCUUCGACAGAACCAUCGCUGAAAACAUUGCUUAUGGGGAUAACAGCCGGAACGUUCCCAUGGACGAAAUCAUAGAAGUGGCGAAGAAAGCGAACAUCCAUAAAUUUAUAUCAGCGUUACCACAGGGUUACGACACACGUAUGGGUGAGAAAGGAACUCAACUCAGUGGAGGCCAAAAGCAGCGCGUGGCGAUCGCGAGGGCGUUGGUUCGAAACCCACGUGUCCUGUUACUGGAUGAAGCUACUUCAGCACUGGAUACAGAGAGCGAAAAGAUCGUGCAAGAAGCUCUGGAUAAGGCAAAAGAGGGUCGAACUUGCAUUACCAUCGCACAUCGAUUGUCAACAAUUCAAGACGCAGAUCUUAUAUGCGUCAUCAGCAACGGAAAAAUAGCGGAAAUUGGAAAACAUUCCGAGCUUUUGGCAAAGCGAGGUAUCUAUUACAAACUGCAUUGUCUCCAAUCAACGUAACACUAUCGUGAAAGUAGCUACUGUUGAAAUCUAGUCAAAAGAACCGACAAUUGUAAUAGUUUUUUGUAGUGUCUACCCUGUUUCAAAAUACUUCGUUAAACCAAGCCAACGUAAGUUCCUCCUGUAACAUGGGACAGACAAUUACAGAGUAUUAAAUUUACAGUAUAUCUAGUGUUAUCUCCUUAAACGAUGCAUAAUAUAAAAAAACACAGCACAUAUCUUUGCUUACCUCCAUGACUGCCUAUUUACUCUGUAUAUUACGAAGCAUGUCUUGUGUCAUGGUAUUCAAAAUGAGCGAAAGCAUACAAAUAUUUUUCUGGAACAAAACUGACAAUAACAAGGGCCUGAGUAAAUGAGUAAAGUUUACGAUGCUCACCAAUAAACUUAAGAAAACAUUCUGUGAAAGAAGUUUUAGAAAGCAGGAAAUAAUUCAGAAUAACAUCAAAUAUUAGAAUGAAACUACUCACUGCAGCUAAACAUGUUUAUCAGUAAACUCUAACAACAAGUGGGAAAAAAAUUGUAGAAGAGCAACUGGAAAUGAAAACUAUCCAAUUUAGAAACCUAAAUGUCAUAGAUUAUCAGUCCAUGGAAAUGUUACAGUCUGUGUUUAAUAUGUGUUACAGUAUAAACAUUAUUCUUAGCAGAAAAUAUAAGAUGUUAUAUAUAGUAUACUGUGAUCUAAAUGUUCAUUUUAAUUUAUUUAUUAGAUAAAUCUGAUGUAGUUAGUUGUGUACAUUUGUAUUUUAU